AUGUUAAGAACAAGUACUACUGCUUUAAAUAUUAAACGUAUUACUGCUAAUACUGUUACUAAGAUUAUCAAAAAUAAUAAUAGUACACUUGCGGGUGGUUCACUGUCUGCAGCUUCAACCACAGGUAUUGAUAAAAAUAAGAGUGUUUGGAAUGAUGAAUCACGCCCAGCAGCUUUGAAAUUUAAAAAAGGUUCCAAGUUAGAAAAGUAUUUUUUUGAUACCAAUGAUUCUACCUCACUUCCUCCUAGUUUAAGAUCUGCAUACUAUAAAAAGAAAUAUACUUCACCAUCCAAGUUAGAUGAAACUUUUAAAUUAUGCUACAAGAUAUUGGAAUCUAAAGUUACUUCACCUCCUACAACAAUGGGUGAUAUUGCUACUGAAAUUAAUAAUCCAGUUGUUCACUAUAAUUUUGGUUUUCAUGACAAAAUAGAAAACAAUCCUAAUUAUAUUGAUUAUAAUUUGCCCAUUUAUAGAUAUUUGGGGUUGAAGCAUUGGGAAAACGAAAAUGGCCAAAUGUUGCUAAUGCAAAGGUUAGAAACUUUACAUGUUUUACCAGAUACUCUACCAACAUUAGAUCCAGCACCAGUGAUUGAUUUGAAGUUGAGGUUUCCUUAUGUCAAUGGUUCCAAUAGAUAUGUUGAACCUGGUUUAAAAUUGUCUUCAAAAGUUACUAUGUAUCCACCACAAUUCAAAUUGAUAAACUAUGAUCCAAAUGCCAAUACUGAGAAAAAAUAUACUAUUGUGAUUAUUAAUCCAGAUGAACCCGAUUUGGUUAACGAUAGUUAUAAGACUGUAUUACACUAUGCACUCAGUGAUAUUACAUUAGAAGAUUAUAAUAAGAAUGUAUUUUCUGAGUUUGAAAAUAAUGGGAGUUUGAAGAAAUUACUUGACUAUUUACCACCUACUCCAGAGAAAAAUGCUGGUGACCAAAGAUUUGUAAUUUGGCUGUUUGAACAGCAAGAUCCAAGUAGAGAGGUUAAAUUAUCAUCCAAUUCUAGAGAUUUCUUUGAUAUUAGGACAUUUGCUAAGGAUAACAAUUUGAAAGCUGCUGGUGCACAUGUUUGGAGAAGCGGAUUUGAUCAAAAUGUAAACAAAGUUAGAGAGGCUUAUAGCUUACCAAAGGGAAAAGUUUUCACAAGAGUUCGUGUUUAUUAA